CAGAGAAAUAAUGAUCGUGGGAAACGGCAGGUGGCGGCAGUGAGAAAGUAACUGAGACGAAGCGAAGAAGACGUGAACUUUGAACUUUGCCUCAGCAGUUCGUUUGGGCGAAGAAGAUGCGGGUUAGGAAAUGACAGCUGUGCUGUCUGGUACCAUCCAGGCGAUAAAUGACUGACAGAUGCCUUCACCAUGAUGCUGAGCUGCAGCGCCUUGGUCGUCACCCUCCUGCUCUCCCAGGCCAGGAGCUUCCUGGGUCCCUCGGAGGACGACAGCAUCCCUGAGGAGUGGGUGCUGCUCCAUGUGGUUCAGGGCCACAUUGGGGCUGGAAAUUACAGCUACCUGCGUCUCAACCACGAUGGGAGAAUCAUCCUGCACAUGCAAAGCCUCAAAGGAGAUGCAGAUCUUUACGUGUCUGAUAAAACCCUCCGGCCAAGUUUCGACACCUACAAGCUGCAGUCCGCCACCUGUGGUCAAGACAUGGUGGUGGUGCCAGGGGACUUUGCGAGGCCUGUGGGAAUCGGCAUUUACGGCCACCCGUCUCACCAGGAGAGCGAGUUUGAAAUGCGAGUGUUUUACGAUCAGACAGUUCCACAGGACCCGUUCGAUAAUGGUUCAUACACGGAAAACGGACACAAGAAAGCAAAAUCUCCUCAGGCAGCAGAGGAGGAAUUUCAGGAGGAGGAGUCCAUCUUGUGGACUAUUCUCAUCGGACUUUUAAAGAUUAUACUUGAGAUUUUGUUUUGAAAAUCUGCAAAUCUUCCAUGCUGCUGUGUAAGAAGGAAACGGCUGAGUCAGCUUUGAUGUGUUAAACAAAGUGUUUGGUUUAAUCCUGUUAAGGUUGCGAGUAUGUUGCACCAUUUUACCAAGAUUCUGGUUUAUGGUCAAAUCUACAGGAAAAUUAUUUGAAAAUGUUGAAUCAAAACAUCUGCGUAGAGGACUGGUGUUCCCAGGUUAGCAGUGACCCGUCCCAAAAUGCUCCACAAAGUUGUUCCCCUUCCAAGGGGAGAUUAAGUUUAUCCAGUUCUCACAUGCACAGAUUCAAAUGAAGAUUUUAUGCUGUAAUAAAUCCUCAUCUCCUUCCUGGCUGUAAAGUGACCUGUUAACAAUCGCCAGUCGUUUUGUUGGGCAAAUAUUAAUUGAAGCUGAUCCGAGACUUCAGCAGUGAGCAAUGAGGCAACUAUGCUCCGAAUGAGCUGAUGUUCACACUGAAUGCUGCAACAUUAAGAGAUAUACAAACUAUGGAAGAUGGGGCUCAAAUGUACUGAAGGCAUUUCUAAUGCUCACAUGAGCUCUUUCUGUUCACAUCCAGCACAAACAUCAAUAUACAAACUGUGAGUCUGUUGACAGACUGUAGCCUGUAGUGUGACAUUGUCAUUUGAUGCAGAAAGAAUCACUUUCAGGCCAGUUUGGAUGUUUGGGGAAUUAUUACAGUAGCUCGUUAUACUGUGAGCCUUUGAAAGCCUACGUUUGACAUUCAACUUGUCAAAUAACCAGAAAUGUGUCCAGGCUCAGUCUUACCUCAGCCUGUGAAUGUUACUCCAGGUUCGUUCAGAGUUUUUACCUCCAAGUUCUGAUGUGAUCACAGAAGAAGAGAUUAGACAAAAAAAAUACAAAAUUGCGCUUACAUAAUUUUUGAGAGGUUGUUGGAAGCCAGACGUUGACAGUUUAUCGAGUGGGUGUCAAAGCAAUCUUCAGGUGCUCAUGAAAGUGAACAAAUGUGGUUUUUGCUGUCUUUGCUGGUCCUGUGUGUUCUGGCCUUUAAAUGAUGGCGUGAGAGAACAACACGUGUGUGCUCAGCUCGCGCUGCACGUCUCCAGUUUUACGUCCUGGCUGUAGUAAACUGGAAGUUUCAGAAGCUAUGAAGAAGCCGCUUCUCUAUGGCACAGAUCAGAGACCUGCACAAACAACUGCUCUCUGUUUCUGUGCAGGUUUGAAAUUAACUGUGGAAUGAGGUGUUUGCACCUGUUUAGAAUCUGUAGCACAAGAUUUUUACCUCCUAUAAAAUUUAAUUGCAAUUUGGAAAUUCUGUUCCUGUCAGAUAAACACUGAAGUAAUUUUACACACACACCAGACUGUGAAUUUAGUUUUGUUACGUGUAACGUGUGCUGGUAGCAGACGUUUAAUGAAUAAAGGCAAGGGAGGACUGGAUACAGCAGAACACCUGUUUCAGGGUUCAUCUGGGCACCUGACUGUGCUUUCACCGGUCUUUUAAACAUUUACACACCUAAAGUCAUCUGUGCUACGAAGUACAGCUUCAUUCAUUCUCAUGUUAUUUGCAUUCAAAGUAACGAACUGUGGUAACUUGUGAAGUAAUGAAGCUUGUGCUUUUUUUCAAAUGCGCAGACAAACAAAGCCACUGUGGUGCCGCAGAUGCAGAACUCAUAAUUCUUGUAGAGGAACCACUGGAUGAUGGUGCUGAUUGAUUUUCACCUGGUGUAGGAAUCCUUGAAAGUGAAGUGCUGCUCAAUAGGUUUUCAUGAUCCUUAUUCAUUGUUUACUGAAUUAUUUUCUUAGUCUCCAAAUGGAAAUGUUGCUGUUUUGAUGUUAAUCCCUGUGGCGUCAUUUGGUUUGUUCACUCUUUAUUUUGUUGCCUGUUGGACAAGCUCCUGAUUUAAACAUCACGUUCAGUGUUGAAGUUCAGUUCUGAAUUACUCGUCACCACUGUGCAGAAAUGUUUUGACAGUGCCUUCAGAUCAGUCGUCUGCAGCAGGAGCAGCAUCCACCUGUUUCCACAGUCGACUCAAUCAGGUUUCUUUAUAAUAAACAGCUGUUUUUAAGACUGUUAAA